AUGUUUGCAGGUCUGUUUCAUCGGGUUGUGCUAUCGAGUGGCUCGGUGUUAAGCCCGUGGGCGUCUGUUCACGAUCCGAAUGACCUACGGUUGAAAGUAGCUGAGCAAAUAGGAUGUUCCACCGAGAACGACGAAGAUAUUGCCGACUGUCUACGCGGCGUUCCUCUUCGUGAGCUCAUGGCCGUUGAACUGCCGGAAAUCCGGUUCGUGCCACGGAUCGGGCCGGGCUUACCAGUGGACCAAAACAAUCCUGAUCCAGGGUUGGAUAUGGAAAGGGUCAGCGAUACGUUCAUCAAAGUACCUUUGAUCCUUGGUGUUUCCACCACGGAAUCGAAUCUAGAUUUUAACGCAAACGACAUUCAAUACGGAUUCGAGGAGGAUCAUCGGAAUCGGAUUUUACGGACGUUCAUUAGGAACGCUUAUGUAUACCAUUUGAACGAGAUAUUCUCGGCGGUGAGGAACGAAUACACGGACUGGGACAAGCCUAUCCUUCAUCCUAUCAUUAUAAGGGAUUCGACGAUGGAAGCAUUGAGUGACGGUCACACCGUCGCACCUUUAAUGAGGAUCGCCUAUUAUCACGCAAGAAGGGGAGCCAAAACGUACUUCUAUCACUUUAGCCAUCAGACAAGGGACAACGGCCUUUUGCAGGAUCAGGGCGUAGCCGAGGCAGUUCUCACGUUUUUCACGAAUUUCGCGAAAACCGGCAAUCCGAACGAGCCGCACAAAAUCGAAUCGGUGGAUUACGGCACGCCGAAGGAGAAAACGCGGUAUCGCGGUCUCACGUGGGAACAAUAUGAGACUGGAACCCAACAGUACCUCGCAAUUGCGAUGAAACCGAAAAUGAAAAGCCACUAUCGUGGUCAUAAAAUGGCGGUUUGGCUGAACCUGAUACCGCAACUUCAUCGACCUGGAGACGACGAUGUCUCCAUGAGGCAUCAUCACUUUCGCGAAAGAGGCGACCACUUUUAUGCAGGACCAGUUCGGGACGAAUGGUACACUCCUCUUCCCCUCGUUGGAACAACCAAGCCAAGCGCUUCAUCGACAACAGCGUGCAGCACGUCCACGGGUGACGACACUAUCACCGAAGACAUUACACCUAUUCUGGACGAUUCGGAGGACGACGCUGAAUUGUUGCAAAGAUUAGCUUCUCGUCAUUACUACAGCACUACUACAGCGCUUGCGAUCACUGUCGGGGUCGGUUGCAUCCUGUUGGUCCUCAACAUGUUGAUAUUCGCUGGCAUUUACUAUCAAAGAGAUCGCGAUAAGAAGAGGGCAGCGAUGAACUGCACCCCAAACGGGCAGGAAUCACUGCCAAUGACAACCAGGUCGUCCAUGAAGGCUCCGGAGAGUCCAAGGCCAGCGCAAGAACCACCGCCGUCGUACACUACUCUUGCAAGAAGCCCUUCAAUCCAGGAACACCAACAGAUCGCUCAGAGUCAGUCAACGGAUCUCGACGAACAGCCGAAGAACGAGCAGAAAUCCGGCCACGGGACCAGCAACGCCAUCCACAAGGAUCCCAUCCCGCCGAAACCUCCCACGAGAACGACCAGCUCUUUGAGUACUAGCAGUGGCACCAAUACGAUUAAAAAACGUGUGCAAAUACAGGAGAUAUCCGUAUAG